CGCCGCCCGGCAGUCGACAGCAGAAAACACGAGCGAUUCCAAGUAUGUUCGGCACAGCAUCAAACAGUGACCAACAAGCCGCUAGUACUGAUCCAGAUCAUACGCAGAAUGCCGGACCUGAAGGAGCGACGAAAAUCAACUUCAAUCCGGACCGAGCGUGGGAGAGGCUGUGCGAAAACAACCUGGACUAUUUUGACUUGAGCGUUUCACCUGACGAGUUCUUUCC